AAAGGUAAAGCGGAGACUGGAGAAGGCAAGAGAAAGGAAGAGAAGGAACUAGGAUAUUAGAGUCACAGAGUGACCCCACAGGAUGGGAUUUCUGGAAUCCAGAGACUUCUGAGAUUGGAGACUGCUAGUCAGUCGGGUGAGUCUGGCUCCCGCAGCCAGCUGGGCAGCGACAAAGUGAAAUGGACAGCGUGAGACAGAUAUUGCAGCCAUCUCUCCAGGAUCCAGAGAUUUGGAAGCUGCUCUCAGGCCAACAACAGUUUCCAGGCUGGAGCUUCUGAGCGCUCAGGACCCGCGGGAGCCGGUGCAAGAGAGCGCUGGUGAGCUGCUCCUCUCAGAUGCCUUCGCCAGAGCAGUAAGAACUUCCCGCUCCAGUCCUUAGAUCCCCUCCCUCUGAAACUCCCAAGAAAAGGCGGAAGACCCUAGGGGGAGGGGCAAAGGAGAUCCCCCUUUCAGUUUUCCCCCCUCUCCCUUCCCCCACCCCAUCGGGCAUGCAAGCAGGCAUGGAUAUGUUCAAUUUUGGCCAGGGCAACAACACAACAUCGUCCCAGGAGCCCUUAGGGACAGGUGGCAACGAUACUGGCAUCUCCGACGUGACCUUCAGCUACCAAGUGAUCACCUCUCUGCUGCUGGGCACGCUCAUUUUCUGCGCGGUGCUGGGCAAUGCCUGUGUGGUUGCUGCCAUCGCCCUGGAGCGCUCCCUCCAGAAUGUGGCCAACUAUCUCAUCGGCUCCUUGGCGGUCACCGACCUCAUGGUGUCAGUGCUGGUGCUGCCCAUGGCUGCUCUGUACCAGGUGCUCAACAAGUGGACCCUGGGCCAGGUCACCUGCGACCUGUUUAUCGCCCUGGAUGUGCUGUGCUGCACUUCUUCCAUCCUGCACCUGUGCGCCAUCGCACUAGACAGGUACUGGGCGAUCACCGACCCUAUAGACUACGUGAACAAGAGGACGCCCCGGCGCGCUGCUGCGCUGAUCUCGCUCACUUGGCUCAUUGGCUUUCUUAUCUCCAUCCCGCCCAUGCUGGGCUGGCGCACCCCGGAAGACCGCUCCGACCCCGACGCGUGCACCAUCAGCAAGGACCAUGGCUACACCAUCUACUCCACUUUCGGCGCUUUCUAUAUCCCGCUGCUGCUCAUGCUAGUUCUCUACGGGCGCAUCUUCAGAGCUGCGCGCUUCCGGAUCCGCAAGACUGUCAAGAAGGUGGAAAAGAAAGGAGCAGGCGGCAGCGUCGGGACAUCGUCGGCCCCACCCUCCAAGAAGAGCCUGAACGGACAGCCAGGUAGUGGGGACUGCAGGCGCGGUGCUGAGAACAGGGCGGUAGGGGCUCCCUGCGCUAACGGCGCAGUGAGGCUGGGUGACGACGACGCCACCCUGGAGGUAAUCGAAGUGCACCGAGUGGGCAAUUCCAAAGAGCACCUCCCUCUGCCCAGAGAGUCAGGGGCUACCUCCUAUGCCCCCGCCUGCUUGGAGAGAAAAAAUGAGCGCAAUGCCGAGGCAAAGCGCAAGAUGGCCCUGGCCCGUGAGAGGAAAACAGUGAAAACCCUGGGCAUCAUCAUGGGCACCUUCAUUCUCUGUUGGCUCCCCUUUUUUAUUGUUGCCCUGGUCCUGCCUUUCUGUGAGAGCAGCUGCCACAUGCCUGCGUUGUUGGGUGCCAUAAUUAACUGGCUGGGCUACUCCAACUCCCUUCUCAAUCCCGUUAUUUAUGCUUAUUUCAACAAGGACUUUCAAAACGCAUUUAAGAAGAUCAUCAAGUGCAAAUUCUGCCGCCGAUGAUGAUGAUGAUGAUGAUGAUGAUGGUG